AGUGCUUCGGUCGCUUUCCUGACCUCCGGAGUGGGAGCUCUUCGCCGUUCCACGGAUGCCGCAGGAAGCGCCGCUCCAGACGUGCGGGGGACACGUGCAAAGCGGCGGGGAGUUUCUCCGUCCUCCGUCAUUGCACGCGGGGAGCCUCGCUCCGCUCCUGGCGGGAGUUUCCUCUCAGGGGUGAGUAGCAGCAGCUGCAGCAGCAGCAGUAGCACCACCUUGAAGCGGGUUGUUUAUUGUGAGAGGAAAGAGGUUUGGCUUCCGCCUUCGGUAGUUUCCCCUUAGAAAUGCCUCCUCUUCUGCAGGAGAAAAUUAUACAAGCCUGGCUUUAUUCUGCCUCUUUGACCUUUUCCCAGGUCUACCAAAAAGAAAUAUUAUUUUGGGGGCUUUCCUUCCUCCUUGGCGGUAGGAGGGUCAUUGUAAUAGAGGCGGGCUCGUUUUAUGAUGCCGUUUACUCAGUACCUGGGAGAUGCUUGCAAAGUAGUCGGGUGGUUCUUAAAAGCUGAUAAAAAUUGCAAGUCGCCUCGCUGAUCCAUUAGGUAAAAUUAAACAUCGUUAUCUCUCUGUUUCCAUCCAAAUACAGCCAAUGUAUAAUGUCUUUGUUACAACCAACUAAAAACGGGUCACAACAAUAGCGAGCAAGCUUUUGAGUUGAGCAGAGCUCUUCGCUCUUCGCUCUUGGAGGUUCCACACACAAAAUGGCGAGGGAAAAGAUGCAUCAUUCCAUGGCUUUCACCUGAACUUUGCUGUUGCUUCGUGUUAGCUCGAUUGUUACCAAAGGGGCUCACUGGGUGAACUGCAGAAAUAAAUAUAAAUUAUUGGUAUAAUUGCAAACAGAAGCGUUUUCAAAUUAAGGCAGGUAGCUGUGUUGGUCUGACGCAGUUGGGGGAGAAAAAAAUCUUGUCCAGUAGCACCUUGGAGACCAACUAAGUUUGUUCUGGGUAUAAGCUUUUGUCUGCCUGCACACUUCUUUGUUUGCACACGAAAGCUUAUACCCAGAACAAACUUAGUUGGUCUCCAAGGUGCUACUGGACAAUUUUAUUUAUUUCAGAAGCGUUUUCAUCACACGCAGGAACAUCUUUGCUCUCCCCUGCACUUUUGCUCUCCCCUGUAACGUUGCUUGGAAGAAAAUUCUGGUGAACUCAAAGGCUUGCUUUGCUACUUGAUGACAUGUUAGUUGGUCCUAAGGAAUAUAUUAUACUAUUGUUGACUUAGAGUAAUAUUUAUAGAAAGCUUUAGAAGGUAUUAUGCUACUUAAGUAAUUCUUACACCAGUCCUGUAAAUUAGAUCACUUUUAUCAACAUUCUCACAUUGUGUUUUGGAGCCUAGAGGAAGCAGCUUGGAUCACUUACUGAAUUCAUAGUAUUUAUUUUUUUCUGUCUUCUGCAGGAUUCCUGUCUGAUGUGAAGAACAAAAAUUGAAACACACAUUUGGUUUGGUUUACUGGCCUCAGUAGGUGGAUAUUGGUACCAUCUGUGGGGAGAAAGAUCUGCCUGUAGGCUGAUAUGGCACUUUUGCACUUUAGGAUCCCAAACAGUUUUUUGGAGAAGAGAGGAGGCACUUUUGCACUGAAGCUUUUGUGUUUUACUCUUUCUGUGUUCAUUUUCUGUGAAUUUUUUAUUUAUUACGUAGUUAUAAUUCAGUGUCACUGGCCGCAAUUGAAAGCUCAGGCUCCAAGGGCUACUGAAAAGACUUCCAAUUCUGUCUUGAAGGCUAUGUUUUUAUCAGAUACUCAUUUACUAGGUGAACUCAGUGGUCACUGGCUGGACAAGCUGAGAAGGUAAGAACUAAAUAUCAGUAACAGGCAGCAAUUUAUUGUAAACAUAUAUUUUCCAGUUGGCCUCUGCAUGCAUGAAAACCAGGGUUAUGAACCACUAAAUACCUGUGACUUGUUGAUUAUUUACAUGCUAAACCAUUCAUUCAUGUUUGAAUAUUGCCAAAACUUUAGUAUAUAUCUAUUGAAAGAAGUGGAUAUUUUUUUUUACAAUUUGAUAAUCAUAAGCUAUUACUCAUUGUUUGAAGGAAUCAUUAUUCUUAAUAUUUUCUGAUUCACUGCAUGUUGCUGUAACACACCAGAACCAAAAUAACAUAAAAAGCGCAGGUAUUCUGAAAUGGUUUUAAUGAGUUUUAUACUGUUAUCAGAAGACUGUCUUAAAUUUGAGAAUCCAGAAUUGUUCUUAUGGUAAUAUUUGAAGUAAAACUCAUUUUGCAUUUCUUAGGCUCUGCAACCUUUUGGGGAGCGCAGUGCAGACUGUAGCACGGGGUUAAGUUGAGCUGGUAUAAAGCAUGCUAGAUCCAAACUGUUCAAGAAGAAGCCAGGGGUAUUGCUGGCUGAGCUGGCCUGAGGCUGGCAAAGGGGAAACAAGCCUUUAAAAUAGAGUUUGACUUAUACCUUCUUGCUGGCAUAAGUUUCACUGGGUUGCCAGGACACAUGACUGAACUCAACAGAGUUAUAAUUCAGCAUAAGCCCCUUCCCCCAUUUCACCUCUCCUGGAAUGGCAGAAGUUCUACUGGUUUCAGUUAGCCCUGUAUUAGUUGGGAUGAGGGAGUUAUGCCACCAUAUUUCCAGUUGAGCCUCUUAUACUAGUGUAGUCUGACUGAGCUGGGAACUUGCUGGCUGAGCCAAAGGUCUGCCAUGUUCUAACUUGCUCAUUCUGGCGGAUCUAAGGUUCGGGUUGCAUCCUAAUUGAAACUAUUUUUAAUACAAGAUGUGCUGUGAUAUAAUAAUAAUAGUGAAGUCUUUCAUCAGCCUAUUUCUAAAGCUUCUUUAUUUGGGCUGGUCGUAUAAACAUGGAUAAAAGAAUGGAAAUCCCCUUGGUACCAAAAAUCGUUCAAAGUCUUACCAAUUAAAAUUGGUUCCCAACUGAUGGAAUGGUAAUAUCCUGACUAUUGCUAGGCUAAAAUAUAGUCUUUAGAGUUCACACAAAUAGUUCAUGUUCAUUCACUGUGUUAGAGGAGGUAAUGACUGGGUGUAGCCAGGCUUGAUGGUUAUUUGAUCUCAUGAUGGCAAAUUACGCACUUCCAGUAUUCUACAUCUCUCUGUGUGUAGGAAAACUUGGCUAAAGCAGUGUUGUUAUUUUUUUGCUAUCAAGCUGACCAGAUACCUUCUUUGCUUCAGUCCAAGUAAAAAGGAAUAAAAAGUGCACAAAUUGAAAUUGCAAAAUUUCAGCCUCUGAGUUUUAAAAUAAAUUAUGCUGACACAAAGGUCAGAGGCGGAUUUAGCGGUGAGGCACCUCAGGGGAAUGGAAGGUGAGAGGUGGUGGUGAUGGGAAAUUUUAGCGUCACACAGGGCACCACUGAAAUUUGAGACCCCCAUGGUCUGCCACUGCAAAGGUUCAACCUAAUGGUUAGAAAACUCAGUAGAAAUGUAUGUAAAAUAAUCCAUAUUUAAACUUGCAUCACUUGGAAAUUACUUUUAGAAGCCUUUUGUUGUUGCUUACAUAAUAGUUAUAUACGAAACCCACUGACCACUAACCUGUACAUAUUUCUAGCUUUCAUUCAGAAGGAUCACAAAAUCUGUUACUUACAGUCAUGCCCUGCAAUACAACCACAUCUCUUUAGACUUGUAGGAUGAAGACUCAUAAUUAAAACAUUUACCUUAGGAAAACCUCAGACUCUAAUACCCACCCAGUAUAGUGGAGACAAAACAAAGCAAAGCAGGUCAACAUGGCCAGAUUGGUACAAGUGCUUAUAAUAUUCACUUAAGUACGUUGAACUGAAACCCCUUUUUAUUCUCUUAGGGAAUGGCAGAUGGAGAGAGCCUUCCAAACUGCUCUCUGGCUUCUGCAGCCAGAAAUAGUCUUUAUCCUGGGUGAUAUCUUUGAUGAAGGGAAGUGGAGUUCUUCCCAGGUUGGUAUUGUGUGAAACAUUAAAGUGUUCAUGAAGCAAAAUAGGAUUUCAUUGAAAGUGUUUUGCACAAAAGAAUGAGACCAGGAAACUAAUAUAGUUCUUUUAAAGUUUAGUUGUUCAGUCAUCUUUGCUAACCGGUAUCCUGAUCAGUAGCAAUUAAGUUAAAGAACUUGGAAGUCAUUGGGCUCUAAAUUCUGCUUUACUAGGUAGCACAUUGGAUUAUGUAGUUCCUACAGGCAUAUUUGACAACUACCAGGCAGUUGCUUCAGUGCUUUUAGGAGAGUUCUGUUAACACAGAUAUGUUAUGCUUUUUUUGCCAGCAGUUCCUAGUGCUUAAUUUAAGAUGAGGUGAGAGAUGCAUCAAUAAUAUGUAGGCAUUCAUCAGCUAGCAGUAAGCUACACAUGGGAUUGGUACAAAGAUUUUCUGUCCAUAGCAAAAACGAGUGAGGAAAACCUAGAUUGAACAUUGGAAACUUCUUACCCAUAGGUCAAAUUAGACCCACUAAAGUUCCUAAUUUGGCCCACAGGGCCGUUUUAGCUAACUAUGACCACCUGUGUGUCACAUUUGGAUUUGACCCACCAGAUGAAAGUGCUUCCCCACUCCUGACCUAGAUAGGGGCUAUUUGAAAAUGUAUCUGCAUAGGUUUUGUUGUUGUUGUUGUUUUUGCUAUUGUCAAGUUAAAACUAGGUGAAUGUGCUGAGUAGAUUAUUUUUGUGUGCGUGUUAAAAGCUGAGGGUGGAAUUAAACAUUGCCCUAUUCCAUCUAUGCAAGUAUUCCAGUUUGCCAGAUGGAAUGAAAGUCCCCUGCACUGUUCUGGGGGUUCCCCCCGCCAGCCCCAGGGCCAAUUUUGUAAUAUUGGAAGCCCUUGUGCAGGUCUUGUGAAAGGGGUCUUUAGGUGAAUCCCACCUUUGAUUUCCACUCAGCACAUUAUUUAGAAUGCUGCAGCUGUAGGAAUAAUAAUAAUAAUAAUAAUAUUCUUCCCAUCUGCCUGCAUUGCCCUGGUCACUCUGGGCGGCUCUCAACAAAACAUUAAAAACACAAUAAAACAUUAACCAUUAAAAUCUUCACUGAACAGGGCUGCCUUCAGAUGUCUUCUAAAAGUCAAAUAGUUGUUUAUCUGUUUGACAUCUGAUGGGAGGGUGUUCCACAGGGUGGGCGCUGUAGUUUCACAUGUUGCAGUGGAGGAACCACCAGAAGGCCCUCGGAGCUGGACCUCAGUGUCCGGGCUGGACAAUGGAGGUGGAGAUGCUUCUUCAGGUAUACAGAGUAUUGGUUUAGUGAGUCACAUGACUGAUUUAGCAUGCACAGAGACUCUGAAAAUCAAUUUAUGUUGACUUAAGCAGUUAAGGAUUGUGAGAAUCUAUCCUUUGUCAAUAUUGACCAGGGCUAUCGACUGUCUGGCUCCGAAGCGCCCUCUCCGAUUGCAUGGAGCCCGGACAGCCCCGUGGUUUACUUCAGAGCUGAGGGCGAUGAAACAAUCGCUGAGACGGCUAGAGCGUCGAUGGCAGAAAACUCACUCCGAAUCUGACCGGACACAGGUUAGAGCUCAAUGUCGAGCCUACCAAGUGGCGAUAGCGACGGCGAAGAAGACUUUCUUCACCGCCUCUAUUGCAUCUGCAGAAAAUAGUAGCAGGAGACUCUUUCAGGUGGUCCGCAAUUUAAUGGAACCACCUUUACCACCGGGGUCUUGUAAAGACCCCAAGAUCUCCUGCAACGAUUUUGCAAAGUUUUUUGCAGAUGAAAUCACUCGUAUUCAGAAGGAGCUAGACACCACCGUGGGAGCAGGGCUGGGGCGGGAGAGUGCUAGAGCCCUGUCUGGUCAAGUUGCAUGGAAUCAGAUCUCCUGCAACGAUUUUGCAAAGUUUUUUGCAGAUAAAAUCACUCAUAUCAGAAGGAGCUAGACACCACCGUGGGAGCAGGGCUGGGGCGGGAGAGAGCUGGAGCCCUGUCUGGUCAACUUGCAUGGAAUCAAUUUCAAUCCAUUACCCCCGAGGAUGUGGACAGGCUGCUUGGACGCGUGAAACCAACCACCUGUCUCCUUGAUCCUUGCCCAUCCUGGCUAAUAAAAGCAAGCCGGGAAGGGCUGGGCGAUGGGCUCUGCGGGGUGGUGAAUGCUUCCCUCUGUGAGGGAACAUUCCCAGAUCCACUGAAAGAGGCAGUUAUUAAACCGCUUCUUAAAAAACCAUCUUUAGACCCGGCCAGUAUGGCCAACUAUCGCCCAGUUUCAAAUCUUCCAUUCUUGGGCAAGGUGAUUGAGCGAGUGGUUGCUGAACAACUCCAGGCACUCCUGGAGGAUGCGGACCAUUUGGAUCCCUUCCAAUCGGGAUUCAGGCCUCAUCAUGGGACUGAAACUGCCUUGGUCGCGCUGGUUGAUGAUCUCCGGCGAGCUAGGGACAAAGGUGAGAGUUGUUUCCUAGUUCUGCUGGAUCUCUCAGCGGCCUUUGAUACAAUCGACCAUAACAUCCUUCUGGACCGUCUAGAGGGGCUGGGAGCUGGGGGCACUGUUAUACAGUGGUUUCACUCCUUCCUCCUGGGCCGUGUUCAGAAAGUGGUGGUGGGGGAUGAGUGUUUAGACCCCUGGGCCCUCACUUGUGGGGUGCCUCAGGGUUCCGUCCUCUCCCCCAUGCUUUUUAACAUCUAUAUGAAGCCGCUCGGAGAGAUCAUCAGGGGUUUUGGACUGGGUGUCUAUCAAUAUGCAGAUGAUACCCAGCUCUACCUCUCUUUCAAAUCAGAACCAGUGAAGGCGGUGAAGGUCCUGUGUGAGUGCCUGGAGGCGGUUGGAGGAUGGAUGGCGGCUAAUGGAUUGGAGUUGAAUCCUGACAAGACAGAAGUACUGUUUUUGGGGGACAGUAGACAGCUGGUAGACAGCUGGUGUGGAAGACUCCCUGGUCCUGAAUGGGGUAACUGUGCCCCUGAAGGACCAGGUGCGCAGCCUGGGAGUCAUUUUGGACUCACAGCUGUCCAUGGAGGCGCAGGUCAAUUCUGUAUCCAGGGCAGCUGUCUACCAACUCCACCUGGUACGCAGGCUGAGACCCUACCUGCCCGUGGACUGUCUUGCCAGAGUGGUGCAUGCUCUAGUUAUCUCCCGCUUGGACUACUGCAAUGCGCUCUACGUGGGGCUACCUUUGAAGGUGACCCGGAAACUACAACUAAUGCAGAAUGCGGCAGCUAGACUGGUGACUGGGGGCGGCCGCCGAGACCACAUAACACCGGUCUUGAAAGACCUACAUUGGCUCCCAGUAUGUUUCCGAGCACAAUUCAAAGUGCUGGUGUUGACCUUUAAAGCCCUAAACGGCCUCGGCCCAGUAUACCUGAAGGAGCGUCUCCACCCCCAUCAUUCUGCCCGGACGCUGAGGUCCAGCGCCGAGGGCCUUCUGGCGGUUCCCUCAUUGCGAGAAGCAAAGGUACAGGGAACCAGGCAGAGGGCCUUCUCGGUAGUGGCGCCCGCCCUGUGGCACACCCUCCCAUCAGAUGUCAAAGCGAUAAACAACUACCUGACAUUCAGAAAACAUCUUAAGGCAGCCCUGUUCAGGGAAGUUUUUAAUGAGUGAUAUUUUAGUGUAUUUUUGGUUUCUGUGGAAGCCGCCCAGAGUGGCUGGGGAAACCCAGCCAGAUGGGCGGGGUACAAAUAAUAAAUUAUUAUUAUUAUUAUUAGUGUCCAGUUAGUCAGUACUCUUAUUAGUGCCCAAUUAGUCAAACCCUUACUCAGAGUCAUGGAAAAAGAAAUGUGAUGCUAUAUAUUGAUAAAUAUUACUGAGUUACUGAUUUUUAUUUUUUUUAAAUAUAAGUGGGGUGGGGAGUCUCUGGCAUUCAGGAAAAACAAGAUGCUCUAGGCACUUCAUGGUCCAAGAGGCCAUUUCCCCCAGGCCAUGUUCCCCUGACCCUCACCUGGCAUCAAAUGAUGGAUGUAGGACGGGUGGAGAUGUGGCUGCAAAAAGCAGGACUCAAUUCUUCAUGCAUCGACUGAUGUGUGGGGAGUUCAGUAUUGCUUAUGAAUAUUUCCAUGGGCCAACUUUGACAGAUGGGUGAGGUGGUCUGCCUGUCAAGCACAUGACCUCAGAUGAUUGACAUGUGGAUGUUCCUGCCCAUGUCAAAGUUGCCCUGCUGGGGUUGAGGAGAGAAAGAUUUGCCCCAGUGUUCACAUUACUUUGAUUUAUUUAUGUGGGCUUAAAUGCAUUGUUGCAGGUCACUUAUUUGCAGUAUUAAUGCUGAACAACCACAAUAUGCUUUUAAUCAGCUCAUGGUAACAGUAAUGACAUAUGGCUGUUACUGACAGUAGAAAUAUGGGGCAAACUGCAAUAACUAAUGAUAGUGAUGAAAAAUUUAAUAGUUAUUUAAAUUGGAUUAUAUACAGUUAGAACCUUUACAUUUUCCUGCAGGCCUGGUCAGAUGAUGUAAGACGCUAUCAGAAAAUGUUUAGGCAUCCAGCCUCUGUUGAGCUAAUUGCUAUUGUUGGCAACCACGACAUUGGCUUUCAUUAUGAGUGAGUAAUUUUUUUUUAACAGCAUGCAGUACUGAGAUGGGAAUUGUCAAAAUGAGAAGAACAUUCCAUUAUAAAUCUAAAUGCUUUAAGAUAGGUUUGAAUCUAUGGUGGGGGGACAUAUUUCUUGGACGCAUGCAAAAUCAUACUGAGUGUUGCUUUGUCCCUUCUUCUGCCUGUGCACAUAGAGGGCUGGAGGAGCUUUGCUCCAUAUUCAGUGUUAACAUGCUUCAAUCUGUUGGGAGCAAGAAGUGUGCCAUGUACAGUGGUACCUUGGGUUACAGACGCUUCAGGUUACGCGAUUUCGGGUUGCACACCGCGCCGAACCCGGAAGUACCGGAACAGGUUACUUCUGGGUUUCGGCGCAUGCGCAGAAGUGCUAAAUUGUGCUAUGCACAGAAGCGCCAAAUUGCGACCCGCACGUGCGCAGCCGUGUCGGUGCUGGUUGCAAAUGUGCCUCCCGCACGGAUCACGUUUGCAACCCGAGGUUCCACUGUAGUACUUUACACAACACUGAAGUCAAGUGUUAGAUACAUACCAUUAUAUGCAGCUGCUGUGGACUUAAGUUGUAGUAUUGCAAAUUUACUUUAAAAACGUUUUUGAGGGAAGCUUCAAUCCACUUCCAGCUAAUGCACCACUUCUUCUUUUAAUGCACUUCUGAAGUGAUGCUUCCUGUUUUGUUGUUCUGCAGCAGCUCCAUUGCUGCAGGUUGACUAUAAACAUGGAGCAUUAGCCUGGUUGCCGGGUCAGUGGAGAAAUGUUUUGCCCCUUUCAAGAAUUCCCCAAAUGUCAAAAAAUUAAGGAUAAGGGGAGUGGAAAUGAGUGCAAAACCUUUUAACCCAGCUGUAUUGUGGACAUCAAGGCUUCACCUAGAGUGAUAACCACUUUUGCCUAAAAAGAUUCUCUUUUCAGCAUCAGAUUCUGUGUUACUAGCUGUUCACACUCUCAGUUCAUUGCCUGUUUUCUUUUGAGGACAGGUUUUAAUACUGAGCUGUCUUUAACUGCCAUAUACUACAAGCAGCUAGAUCAGGAAUGCAUAGGUCCCGUCCACCCCCGCUCCAUAGAAGUGAAUUUAUUUACUUCAAGAAGGAAGUGAUUUGAGCCCUGACUUGUCUGACAUCCAGGAACUGGCAGAUAAAUGGAAGAAUGCAACAGCAGGACCAUGUGUAUGAAAGUCUCUCAAAGGAAAAAUGUGAGAAAUGAAAAAGAAAAAGCUGGUGAAAAUAAAUUGCUAUGUUGGCCUCCAAAAUACACAGGCGCAAAAUGAAAACUAGUUCAAAACCGAAAUCUUGUUAACAUUAAUGAUGAUUUUUGGAGAGUAGCAGUUGUGAGAAUUGUUUGAAUUUUGAGGUGUUCAAUGCUCAUUGGAAAGUCUGCCCCACUCUUGUGAAGCACUUCUAUAAAGGAACCGCGACGGACUGUACUUUAAACUAACAUUUAGAUGCACACAUUACCUGACUGAAGCUUGAUAGUUAGCUUUUUAAAUUAAAGCUUCAGAAAAAAGAUCAAUAUAACUUAUUUUAAAUUAAGUAUAUAUUUUUUUAAUUUCACACAGAAUGACAGAAUACAAGUUGCAACGUUUUUCAGAGGUUUUCAAUUUCACUUCAGAAAAGCUGAUAACUCGGAAAGGGAUAAAGUGAGUCUUUUUUUUUGUUUUUGUUCACUUGCACCUUAAAUAUUUAUUUACAUUUCGUAUCUGCCAUUGCCAGGAAGCUAUCAGUUUUAACUUGGUGUGGGGUGUAAAUUCAUGAAAUGGUUGAAGACACUUGUCCAAGUUGGUCUGCAGCAUUUGUAUCGUAAGUACAUAUUUAGGCUUCAGUCUUGCACAUCAACCUAGGAAUGAGUCCUCUUGUGCACUGUUAUGUUCAAAAAUAUCAUGCAUAUUAAUAUAGAGGACGGUAAUGGAACUUAAAACAAUAUCAGUUUUGUUUUGUGCUAAGGGAUCAAAGAAUCAUCCAUAAGGAGAAGGUUGCAGUUUCAGUUUUCAAUUGGUUGGAGGUCCACACUGGCGAAUAAGCAUGUGCACACAUAGCUCACUCCCCUUUGCAUUUUCUCCCUUUCCCACACAUUCAUGUCUUCCAUCUUUCACCAGCUUGGUUGGCACCUAUCCCAAAUAAAGAAGCAAUUACUAAAAAGGGGAAGGAAUGCGACGUUCCACCUUUUCCACAGUGAAUGCAUUUUCCUAGGUGUGAUUCCCAUCUUACGUGCAGCGUGUCCUUCCUUGUAUCUUUAGAAAUCCUGCACCUGCCUGAUGUGACCCAUGGAGAUAAGAUUGGGGCCACAUGGUUGCAAGGAAUGAGAUGGAAAGGUGAAGAACCCCUGAUUUGGCCCAGGGUUGCCAACUCCUGUUGUAAGCAUAUAAAAUGAUGUAGAAUACUACGCCUUUUGGAUCAUUGUAGAAUACUACGCCUUUUGGCUGAAUUUAGGGCAAUGGUUUGAGAAAACACUGCACUGCAGGAUGUCUGCCUUGUUGAGUUUCCCUGAUUUUGAGCAUGGAGCUGCUUCUUACUGCAGACAUACUGCACAUCAAUGUCAUUAUUUCUUCUCUUGUACUUGUAGCUUUGUUAUGGUGAACAGUGUUGCUCUUGAGGGUGAUGGCUGCAUCAUCUGUAGAACAGCAGAAGCAAAGCUUGCAGAACUCUCCCAUCAACUCAACUGUUCACUGCAGGUAAGGAUAGAAUUACGUCACUGGGAAGCUUCAUCCGUGUAUAUUGAGGUGCUCAAAAUAAUCUUUCUAAACUGGCUUCUGUUUGUGAUUUCUUGGCAUACAUAUUUUUUGCAUACAUUAUUUUUAUGUGUGACUUUUAUUACCGAGAAGUUCAGUUGCUCUAAUGUGUGCAUGGAGUUCUUGCACUCUCCGCCUUAUCACUUUAUAUAAGGAUGUGCUGUUUUUCUUAAUGCUUGGAAACCUGCUUCCUCCUAAUAAUAAUAAUAAUAAUAAUAAUAAUAAUAAUAAAUUAUUUCUACCCCACCCAUCUGGCUGGGUUUCCCCAGCCACUCUGGGCAGCUUUCAACAGAACAUUAAAAACAGAAUAAAAUUUCAAACAUUAAAAACUUCCCUGAACAGGGCUGCCUUCAGAUGUCUUCUAAAAGUCAGAUAGUUAUUUAUUUCAUUGACAUCUGAUGGGAGGGCGUUCCACAGGGUGGGCACCACUACUGAGAAGGCCCUCUGCCUUGUUCCCUUUAAUCUCACUUCUUGCAGUGAGGGAACCACCAGAAGGCCCUCGGCGCUGGACCUCAGUGUCCGGGCUGAGCGAUGGGGGUGGAGACGCUCCUUCAGGUAUACUGAGCCGAGGCCGUUUAGGGCUUUAAAGGUCAGCACCAACACUUUGAAUUGUGCUCAGAAACGUACUGGGAGCCAACGUAGGUCUUUCAGGACUGGUGUUAUAUGGUUUCGGCGGCCACUCCCAGUCACCCGUCUAGCUGCCGCAUUCAGGAUUAAUUGCAGUUUCCGAGUUACCUUCAAAAGUAGCCCCACGCAGAACGCAUUGCAGUAGUCCAAGCGGGAGAUAACUAGAGCACGCACCACUCUGGCGAGACAGUCUGCAGGCAGGUAGGGUCUCAGCCUGCGUACCAGAUGGAGCUGGUAGACAGCUGCCCUGGACACAGAAUUGACCUGUACCUCCAUGGACAGCUGUGAGUCCAAAAUGACUCCCAGGCUAAGUACCUGCUCCUUCAGGGGCACAGUUGCCCCAUUUAGAACCAAGGAGUCCCCCACCCAUAGUACUUCUGUCUUGUCAGGAUUCAACCUCAAUCUGUUCGCCGUCAUCCAUCCUCCAACCGCCUCCAGACACUCACACAGGACCUUCACCGCCUUCACUGGUUCUGAUUUAAAAGAUAGGUAGAGCUGGGUAUCAUCUGCAUACUGAUGAACACCCAGCCCAAACCCCCUGACAAUCUCUCCCAUUGGCUUCAUACGGAUAUUAAAAAGCAUGGGGGAGAGGACGGAUCCGUGAGGCACCCCACAAGUGAGAGCCCAGGGGUCUGAACACUCAUCCCCCAACACCACUUUCUGGACACAGCCCAGGAGAAAGGAGUGGAACCACUGUAUAACAGUGCCCCCAGCUUCUCUAGACAGUCCAGAAGGAUAUCAUGAUCGAUGGUAUCAAAGGCCACUGAGUGAUCCAGUAGAACUGGGAAACAGCUCUCACCUUUGUCCCUAGCCCGCCAGAGAUCAUCAACCAGCACGACCAAGGCAGUUUCAGCCCCAUGAUGAGGCCAGAAUCCAGAUUGGAAGGGAUCCAAAUGGUCUGCAUCCUCCAGGAGUGCCUGAAGUUGUUCAGCAGCCACCCUCCAUUAAAAUGAAUAUAAAAACAUUUAUGGGUGAAGUAUCUGCAUGGCAUUAGAAGAGCCAGCAUCCCGUCACUGAAUUAGGGCAUGUGAAAAUAGUGAUUGUUGCAAAGGUAAUUGUAUCUGGCUUGGGCACUGAACAGUUACGCUGCUUCAGCUUUCAUUACCUCCACUCUCUUCCACCUCUGGGUGGUAGUAUUUGUUAUUAAAUUCCAUCAUACCCUUUCUCAGAGGAACGUAGUGCUAAGCCAGUACUUGAAAUCAUUAUGGACUGGAUGAAGGCCAGUAAACUGAAGCUCAUCUCAGAUAAGAUGGAGAUGCUGUUGGAGGAUCCUUGACCAUAAGAGUGCCAUCCUGUUCUGCAUGGGGUAACACCCGGAAGGACCAGGUUUGUAGUUGGAGACUACUCGUCACUAGAGGUUCAAGUGGCUUCUGUGGUAUUCCCUGCUUCCACAAGCUUAGGUUGGUGCACCAACAUUGAUCUUCCAUGCUUACAGAUAACUGACCAGUUUUCCAUUCCCUGAUAAUUACUAGAUUAGAUUACAGUGGUACCUUGGGUUACAUACGCUUCAGGUUACAGACUUUGCUAACCCAGGAAUAGUACCUUGGGUUAAGAACUUUGCUUCAGGAUGAGAACAGAAAUCAUUCUCCAGCGGCGUGGCAGCGGUGGGAGGCCCCAUUAGCUAAAGUGGUGCUUCAGGUUAAGAACAGUUUCAGGUUAAGAACGGAGAUCCGGAACGAAUUAAGUACGUAACCCGAGGUACCACUGUACUGCAAUUUGCUAUGUGCAGGAUUUAUUUUGAAAAUUGAAGUUAGUACAAAAAUUAGGCUGGCAGAUUACUAACUGGGAUCAUAUUCCACUGUUCUAAGUGUGACCCGGGUUGGCGUUUUGGGGCACAAUUCUAAGUGGUGGUGAUUAUAUGAAGUGUGGUGACUGGAGAAAGGGCCUUCUCAGUUGUAGCACCAUUUGUGCAAUGCCAUCUUCAGUGAGGCUCACUGGCUGGCAAAUCUGAUGUAUUUUCAGCAGACCAAUUUGCUUGGUCUUUUUAACAGUAAACUAGCUGCAGACUUUAUAUUUCUUGUUGAACCUUAGGCUGUUUUAACUGCUGCUUUCUGCUAUUUGCCACCCAUUUGUAGUUGUGUGUGUGUUGUUAUUCUGUCGUUGUCCACUUCCAGGGUGGAAGUUAGGGUUUUGUUCAAGUAGCCAUUUUUCUAUCUCGUGAUACAUCCGCUGUCUCCACACUGUGUCAGCAGUACUUUGUACAUGGUAGGCACAUCUUGUGUUAGAGCUUCUAGACGGGGAGUUGUCUUUCCAUAGACUGGACCUACUAAUUUCUCAGGAUUUUUCCUGAAAACAGCCUCCUUCUAUUUGCUCCUCUAUCGUGUAAUACAGGAGUGUGUACAAACACUUGCUUGGUUUUUGUUGACAGGAACAAAGUCAGUCCAGAAAAAGGUGCAGCGAUGUAGACAAGCUCCCACCUUCAGCUCCAAUUCUAUUACAGGUGUGUUUGUGUUGGGAAAUGGGUCAUCUUUGCACUUUUAUUUAGCAUAAAUGCAUUAUGGUCUUGUUAAUGUGCUGUUUGCUUCUUGGUUUUAAUCCCUUUCAGCAUUAUCCGCUUUAUCGAAGAAGUGACGCAAAAUGUACAGGAGAAGAUUCUGCUCCUUUGGAUAAAAAGAAUUACAUCUUUAAAGAGAAGUAUGACGUGGUUUCAAAAGAAGCUUCUCAAAAGGUAUGUUGAAUGUGUUCUAUCUUUGUCAAGAUGUGUACCAGCUGCCCUGAAAGGCUGGCCUAUUUCGUUGGCAAAUUGUAAUUUUAUUAUUAUUGCUUAACGUCAUGUGUAUCAGUGAACAGGGCACUUGGAUAGUCAAAGAAUCUUAAGAAUGGCAUGUUUCUUAUUUAUUCUCUCCCACCCCCCCACCCCCGUCAUGCACUGCUUGAUCCAUUCUUAGUUUCAUUGAUUUCUGAGCUAUUCUUGUAACAAUAGUGUUUGUAACAGCGGCUUUUUACUACCAUCAAAAUAAAACUGUUUUUCCUUGUCUAAUGGCAUUCCUAUUUCUGGUCAUAAACGAGCAUGCUCAAAUAAGGCUACUAGAAAUAUAAUGCAGCUUCUGCACAGAAGCGUGCAGCCUGUUAUGUUCAGAGUCAGUCAGGAAGGUUGCAUGAGUCUGCUCUUGAGUCAGGCUGUGCAUUUGGUGCAUUCAUGAAGAUGUUUUGCUCCUUAACCGGUUUGUGCUCUGGAGCUGAGGUGCAGAGAAAGGCUGGGCAGGUAGUCUGUAGUGGUUGCCAGGCUGCUGCAACUGCAUGCUGGUUACUAGGCCUUGCCUAGUGAACCAAGAACCCAGGGUAAGAGCAGACCUCCUUCCUCCACCUCCCCUACUCCAAGCUGUGCUUCUAUAUGUGUGAUCAUCCCCUGCAUUAUUUGAGAGCAUCUUACUGCAUGUGUGGGUGAAAACUUGUACUAGCAUUGACUUAAAGAAAUGAAGGGGAAACUUGAAAGCAAAGUAAAAAUAUAUCAAGCUGUGUGGCACUUUUCUUUUUCUUAAGUCAGACAUUUUUAAAUGCCAACAUUGUUUUACUCUCAUAGCUGUUAUGGUGGUUUCAUCCUCGGCUCAUUUUGAGUGGUCACACCCACAGUGCCUGUGAAGUGUUGCAUAAUGGGAAAACCCCAGAAAUCAGUAUUCCAUCAUUCAGUUGGAGGAACAGAAACAAUCCUAGUUUCAUAGUGGUAAGUUUAAAUAGUUUUUAUUUUGUCAGAUAAUUUUUCAUAAUAUAAAUCAACAUAGCAAUCAGCUAUUUUCUCAGACUGAUGCUACCUGUAAAAAAGCAAAACAAAACAGCUCCUCCCAUCCUCUCCAAAAGUACACUUAAGUUGAAUACAAAGCACCCACUUUAUAAAGCACAUACUUGCGUAGCCAUCCUGCUUGUAUAGUGCAAAGUAUUUUUUUUUGUAGGUUUUACAAACAUGUCUACAUACAAGCUAUAUUUAGUAUGUUUCUAUAAAGAGGAUGCAGUGUAAACAAUUUGACUGCAACAAUCAUCAGUAGUCUGCAACAAACAGUAUUAAGACUUGUUUUUGCUUAGCUGAUUUAUCCACAGGACCAAAUCUUUUCUGCAUGGUUCUUCUGUCUUUCAAAAGUGCAAACUUACUAUCUCAUAGGGCAGCAAAAUUCUAUCAGAUGAACCUAAUUCACAGUUUGCUUACUUUGGGUAUCCUAGAUUACAACUCUAAAUAGAUUAACCUGAAGCACAAAAAGUUUCCCAGUUCUAAAACACAUUUAAAUAUUUAUUCUUUUCAAAAACCAGUUCUGUGCUAAGUUUACUUUUUCAGCCUCUUGUGCAUGGGGGAAAGCAAAUUGGUUAUAAUUUUUAGUUCAUAGAUGAAAGUUAUUCCUCACUCAGUAAGUAACACAGUUGUACUUGAAAAGCAUGUUGUCUCCCUAAUUUUGUUUAGAGUGUUUACUUACCAGAUAAUCCAGUUUACUUCAGAAUAUCAUGUUUUCAGCAGUUUGAGGAGUAGAUGGUGUCUGACUGUUGGCCUAGAUUACUUGCAGACCAGUUAUCCCUCCCCCAACACUCCAAGUAUUAUUAAUCUGGCUUUAUCUCGUAUGCUUUGUCACCCCACAUACUUAGUGGCCACCAUCCAACACAAUUAAGCACCUUUAGCCUGCAAUCCUACAUAGUUAUGUGGAAGUCAUUCCCCAGGUCAGGGCCAGUAGGUGCUAUGCGGUCUGAGUAGCUGCCUAGCCAAAUAGCAGCUGCUGUGUUCUUUACUGGAAAAAAAAAAUUUCAAAUGGCACAAAAUAGUCUCAAGGCAGCUCAGUGCUUAACAAAUGGAAUAUCUAACAUAGGUUUUAAAGCUGUCUGCAUCUCUUAUCCACAGGACAGUUGAGAGCACUGAUGCUAUGAGAGAAACUGAACUCUACCGUUAGUAUAAUUGUAAAGCAUACAGGCUCCCAACCACUUGCCCCAUGUCUUAUAAAAUGCUGUUUUCCUUUCUUUCUCAGGGCAGUAUAACACCAACCGACUUCUCUCUCUAUAAGUGCUUUCUUCCAUUCGAGAACACAGUUCUUACUGUCUACUGUGCAGCAGGAGCUGUGCUUUUGGUCCUCGUACUAGCUCACUUUCACCCUCUCGUUACCCCUUUUCAUUUUGUUCAGCGUUUAAUCACUAAAUAUAAAGCAGUAUGAAGAGUCAGACACUUGUAAUCGGUCACUGACACACCAAAGCUAAAGAACAGUCCAUCAGACUACAUUCAUGCCAGCAAAUGCGUACUUGAAUUGCUAGCCCAAAGGCAGGUUGCCUUUACAUACAGAAAGUCCUAUACAGUUGAUAUGACUUAUACUACAGGGUAAGUUAACUGAAUGCUUCAUGCUGUACAAAAAUAUUGUAUUCUACAAUCAAAUGAAUCAUUUUCUUGCUAAAGUUUUUGUAUCAAAUAUGUAUAUUAAAAGUUUGUAACUGUACACUAUAAGUCCUACAAGCCUCCUCUUGUGUCUGCACUAGUGUCCUAUGCUGCUUAGAGGCUCAGUCUUUCUAAUUGGAAAUAAUUUUAAAGUGUUAUUGCUGCGAGACCAUCUGGUGUGGUACUUCUUUUCCUUGAUGUAGAGUUAUUUUACAAUAAGAUAUUACAAAAAAGGGCUAUUGGGAGAAGUAGCUUACUGGCCUCAGAGAAGUCUCCUUGUUCUAGGUUAGAUGUAGUUUUCGAUGGCAGUCAUGUGCCAAUCAUCAAAAUCCUUGCCUAACAGGCUUGCAGAGGAUUGGCUAACCAGGCAGAAAAUUGAGGACAAACCUCUUAGAUCUGUAGACGUAUUAUGUAUCCCACUGGCACGUGCUAUGAUGUCUGGCUGAAAUUAAUCUCUGGAAUAGAAGGCAAGCAGCUCCUUUCUCUUCCCACCCCCAUGUUUUUAUAUAUAGGCCUAGUGCGUCAUUGCAAUAAACCAUAGCAAAUGAUUUACAGUAAAUGCAGAAAUUUCUCCUCUAGCAUGAAUGGGAGCAACAAACCACAAUCCCCUGUGUAAACUUGAGGAUUGUUGUUUAUUUUACUCCCAAACCACAGAGAGAAGUCAAGGUUUAUUUCUUGGCUUACCAACUGUGGUCUGUUCAUAGUGAAACAAACCACAAUCCUCAAGUUCACAUGUUACACUAAGCCAGGACUGUGAUUUGUUUCUCCUGCUCACUUUGUGGCAGGAGCCAUCUUUAUGUUACAGGUAAGCUAUUAACUAUGGUUUACCAUGAUGGGCAAAUGCAGUAAGAGUGAAAUGCCUGAUGCUUGGUAUUAGUGAUGCACUUUAUGGGAAAUGGUGUUGUCAGAAUCUUGCAUUUUGAUCCUAAACACUUGUGUCUUUCUAACGUUUUGGAAACAUGCAUGGUUAGCAUUAUUGAAAAAUCAUUAAAAUAUAUCCAACUAGCAGUUUCAGAGUGGAACUAAAGUGUUGAAAAGGGUCUUAGAAAAUACAGUACCUAGAAAGAUUACUAAUGUGACCCCUUUGCAGAGUUACAACCACAACAUGUCUGCCCAGUUGUCAGGGAAAAACGGCUGGGCUUACAUAAACAACAAACAUGCUAUCCUCCUUUAAGAAUUGAUUCACAUUGGGUGGUUGAAAAUAUUUCAAAGAGUAAUUUGCCUUUAAAUUUAAAGCAAAGGAUGAAGAUAAUCCAAGAGAUACAUAAUCUAUGAAGGUAUGUAGGCUAACACUUCUAAAUUUUGUUAUUGCAAUUACAAAUUUUAAACGUUUGUACAGGUUACCUUGGACACAGGAAACUAUGUACUCCGACAUAACACCUAUGUAUAAAAUAUAAAAGCAGUGUUAUAGUACUGAGAAGGACAUGCCUUAUUGCUACUGCAAUUCUUGCUUUUAUAUUAUACUGUACCACAACUUAUUUUGUGAAUGUCAUUUGCAUAAAUUAUUCAAGUUUGAGAAAUAUCCACACAUUGUGAUUCUACAAUAUUUAAAAUAAAACCAUUUUCUAAGGUCUCUUUAUUAAGAGAAAUAAAAUUGUCAUCUUGUAAUUCUCUUAGGCCAGACACAAGGGUUAAACCUUUUCUUCUUUCUUCCAAUUUGCACAAUGAAAGCGGCUGUUGCAACAGAGAUUGAAGAGCCUUUAUCUAAUGGUGCUUCUACACAUUCACAAUCUGCAAUUGUGAAAUUGGCUAUGAAUGACCAAAGAAUUACUGAACAUAGGUUUUUUUUAAAGGUAAAACAAAAUCCUUGGUUUCCAUGAAAACACCAGGUUGCAAUUUGGACACUUGAAUCAAUUUCAGUGUUUUAAAGCUAAGACUGAGAAAGGCAUAUUUGCUGCAACAUCUGGUGGCAGUAAUAACUUACUUUCAAAGGUAUAUGACUAAAAUUUGCAUAAUUUAUAUUUUUUUAUACUAAAGAGCAUUUCUUUUUAUAUAAACCAGAAAAACCCUAAACUCUACAGAGAAGUUUUUUACCUUCAGUCACUGCUGCAGGUAAAGUUGACAUCAAGCUGUACAGCGCAAUCAAAAACAUACUUACAUCUUAGCUCGUUUUACAGGUACA